UAGGCGCCCUCGGUGGGCAGGCGGGGGGCGGAGAAGCGCUGCGAGUCGUUGGUGGGGAAGUGCCGCCGCACCAAGUCGCGCUCGGCCUUGGCGGGCCCCCCCGUCGGCGUGAACUGCUCCUCGAUGUCGUUCGCCUGCCGCUGCGGCAGGAAGAGGAAGCCGGCGCCCAGCCCGCCCGACAGCAGCAGCGGCACCAGCACGAAGGGCCAGGGGCAGGCGGCCACGCCGCUCGCCAGCCCUUCGAAGAGCCGCCGCAGCGGCCGCUCCAGGCAGUCGGUGUUGCGGCAGGAGCAGCGCUCCGCGGGGUCCCCCGGACCCGCCAUGGGCGAGGCGGGGGCGCGGGCUGCCGGCAGCAGCUCCUCGCCGCGGGCGCGUCCCACGCCGGGGGCCGCCGGUGUGUGCUCUGCCGGCGCCGGAGGAGAAGAGAGGGAGCGAGUGGGAGAGGAAAAAAAGCGGAACGGAGAGGACUGGAGAGCCGCCCUCUGCACCCUCGAGCCGCGGAAGCAACGCGCGGUUUUCCGUUAAGGGCGCGGCCGGAGCCCUCCCUCGUCAUGACGGGACGGGCAGGUGGGCAGACCAGGCUUCUCCGGACGCGACGCGCUCCGCCCGGUCUCGGGUAUCCAUGUCCUCCCGUCUCCUGGCCCCUCGUUUUCCAUAACACUGUAAUCUUGCAAAAAGAAAGUGAUUUUCUGUGUAUAAUGAGCUGAACAAACUCUGGGGAGUCAGGUGAGUGUUGAGCUUGUUGCAAGGGGAAGAGUGAGUUACAGCAGGAGGAUAGAACACAGCUGGCAUCAAGGCUGUGUCAUGCACGGUUGUCUCAUGAAAGCUCACAAGUAGUGGAAAGCUGGGAUUACAAGUAAAUUUGGAGCUACUGCUUGGGAUCUAGUGCUUUGAACUCCCUAUAAUAAACAGGAUUAAUGUGAUCCUUGGGUAUAUGAACAGAGAACAGGCCUAGGGAAGGGACUUCCACAGUAUAUAAUGGAAUUAAUUAGACUGAUGUUACUAUAUUAAGUACAGAACUAGCUUCGUAAGAAACAGGCUGCAGAAUUAAAAGGUGAGAGAUGAGGUGUAGGUAGUGAUCCUGAGCAGGAGACCAUUGCACAUUGAAGAGUUAAGGAGAUCACAUGGCAGUGAAGGUGUGCUGUGCUGUGUGCCCAGCGUGGCCCUCACACCGGUCAGUGCCCACAGGAUAGCCUCAGCCAGCCUAUGGUACCAGAGGAGCCUGCAAGGCAGCUCCCACAUGGUACCAGCAAUCAGAAAACCUAGGCUUCUGUUUCUUGUCUCCCCCGAAUCUCCUUCAGUCAUUACUUCACCACUAAGGGCUGUUCUUCCAUCAAAGAGCAAAACACAGACAUUGAUGAUGUAUAUCAUGCCAUGUUUGCUCUUUUGGUAAACAGGUUUACAAAACAGGGGAGUGAGAGCUGAACUAAAAGACUUUGAAACAAGGGUUAGUGAUUGCCAUUGGCAAGUCACAAGAAUAUCACUGGUGUGAUACAUCAGAGCUUUGUGCAGUAGCAAUGAUAGAAAGGAUACUUCCAAGUCCAAAAAAUACUCUGCAGCCUGGUGUUCUUGACACUGGUAAGUGACAGUGAUUUGAGUGGCUUCUGGCUGAGAAGAACAGCUCAGAUGUGGCAGUGCUGGAGAGAUGUCCAGCCAGUGAGCUAAUACGUCCCAGGCAGGCCCUUCUUCUCCUUGCCUUUCUUUGAAAGAAGCAACUUUCUCCUUCCCUGCCAGUACUUGUAAAGAAAAGUUGUAGGUAUUUCUUCUCUCGCAACCUGAGCAGAUAAGCUUGGCAGCUGUGGGCAUAAAGCAGCCAGCCAGGCUCUGAGCAGCGUUCUAUGUCUCCUACUGUGCUCAGCAUUUAGGGCAGGUUGGAUCCUGGUGAGUCCCUUUUCCAUGCACAGGUGUUCUGCGACAGGUACGUCAGUUCUGAGUUUCUGUGUGGGAGAUGGGCCCUUAGAAGCUAUUUCCUGUAGCUUCUAAGUUGUUGAAACCUCAGUUUUAAUUAGUGUGACUCCAAAGUAAUAGAUUCUCCCAUGCUCAGGUCUCAGUUUCCUCGAAUGGAUUGGCACCGUGUUAGAAUAAGAGCUGUUCACAGAGGAGGAAUCUGUCAACGGAAAAAAGGGGGAAGAAUGAAGUUGCCCAAGUCUUUUCACUGUCUGGGUGAUACUGUGGAUAGAAACUGGCUGUAUAUUACUGCGAUGGACAGAGUUUCAUCUUAUCAGUGUAGGAUACGUGUAGAGAGGCAAGGUGAGCUGUCAGUUUUUGUUACUUUAGCUCCAGGAAUAUUUCUUUCCAAGCUGAUGUAAAGAAAAAUUCCUGUCUCCACCAUGAUUUCAGAACCAUGAGGUUUUCCAUGAGGACUACAUAAUACCCUGGAAUGCAAUGAUUCUGAUGUAAUGUGAAGCUGCUGGAGAACCUAAUCAGUUUUGUACUUGUACAUCCUUCCAAAGUGUCCAUAACAUUUCACUUUCUUUAAGGUACAUAAAUGAUUUCCCCACUGACUUCCAUAGAACCACAAAAGGUUUACCUCUUUAAUCAGUGUGAUAUUAAUAGAGAGUCUGUUAUCUUUAUAGGCUGCUUAUUUCCUCUGUACAUGUUUAUAAGCUGCCUCAUAAAUUGGUCAGUCAGGUCUCGACAUCUUCAGGAACUGUAAGUGCACAUUAUUUAUGGAGAAAAACCACAGAGUAAAACUACAGUAUCUAUCACUCCUGCUUUGAUCAGCCAAUAUCUGUUUUGAGCUUUGUUCAUAGUUUUUAUUUAGUUUUUAUUUUAAACACUACCUUAUUGUUUUGAAUAUUUACAUGUCAGAGAAUACUGAUCUGAGCACAAACUGAACUUUGAUUUGUUAGAGCUCAAAUACACAAGAAGGAUCUUGCAGGGAUUAAUGCAAGCAUUUAUUCAGUUAUCUAUGGAAGGGAUGACCUUUGAAAUUUCCUUUAACUUCAUUUACUGGAAGGUAAAUUUUAUACUUCCUUGAGAGGGAAAUUUUCUUCCAACUCAUGUAAUCAUUGCCCAUCUACUCCGGUGUUUCUGUGCCAACAAGAUAUCAGAAAAGUUAUCUCCUUCUUAGGAAAUCUAGGCUCUCCUGGCAUUUAUCUAUGUUUAUUAUGGAUGUACCUAUCAGAGUAUUAUCUUCUGUUGCUGCUGCAAACAUGUAAGUCUGCUUGUCUGGCCCUACCUGUUCCUAAACUGUUAAAGGAUCUUAGACACUCAUCUGCCACAGAAGCAAAUGCUUAUACUGUCACCAUCUAGUGUGGGUGGGCAGUUCUAGUCGAAGGGGUUUCAAUUUAUGCAUGCUAGAUUUAGUACUUAAAUCUACAGCAAACUCCCUUCUCGUGGUUCACAUGCCUGUCUGCCAUUUCCAUAAAGUCUGUUUAAAAGAAUACUGUGUUCUAAGGGACUUCUCUGACAGUAAAGCAAAAGUUCAGCUGUCCAGAUUCUUCUGGCUCAUUCUAAGGUUACAGGAUUAUAGGGACAAGUUUUUAGGGAGAGACAAAUUGACAAGAACUAUUUCAAGUCCCUUUGAUGUAUCAUGUAUUAUUGUGAAUGGGCAAAGUUUGAAAAAAAAAAAAGAGUCAAUAAGCAGAAGAACAACAAACCAACCCAUUCUUUGUGACUAGUGAGGACUUAUUUGAUGUGGAACAGAACCUCAAAAGGCAGGCAGAGCAACUCUGUGCAGAAGACGUUUACAGCAGUAUAUUACUGUUUCUAUCACAAAGUCUUCUUGAACAUCUGUAAUUACCUGUCUCCCUUUGUGAUUCCCCUCUCAGAGAGUUCUUGUCAUGUGAGAUAUCAUAACCAUGGUGGGGAGUGCCCUGCUGAAGGAUAAGUGAGGUAAUUCUCCCUUAGGAGCAUAUUGCGUCAAGUGUGUCUCAUCUUCUUUGUGCUUUCUUUUGAAGCAACAUGAUAUCUGUCUCUGAAUGGGAUUUUCUCUGUGAUUUUGAAGGUUCUAAGGGGUGGUUCUGAUUCUCCUUGGGUUUUUUGUCGGUGUUUCUUUAGAUCAUGCAGAAAAAUAUGCAUGUGUCAAAGAUUAGAUUAUGAUUCCUUGUAGGUUAAUUUUCCUUGACACAGGGUGUAACAAAAUGCCAUUUCACUUGAACUUGACACUGGUAAGUGACAGUGAUUUUAGUGGCUUCUGGCUGAGAAGAAGAACAUUAAGCUCAAAUGUGGCAGUGCUGGAGAGAUGUCCAGCCAGCGAGCUGGCAGGCCCUUCUUCUCCUUGCCUUUCUUUGAAAGAAGCAACUUUCUCCUUCCCUGCCAGUACUUGUAAAGAAAAGUUGUAGGUAUUUCUUCUCUCGCAACCUGAGCAGAUAAGCUUGGCAGCUGUGGGCAUAAAGCAGCCAGCCAGGCUCUGAGCAGCGUUCUAUGUCUCCUACUGUGCUCAGCAUUUAGGGCAGGUUGGAUCCUGGUGAGUCCCUUUUCCAUGCACAGGUGUUCUGCGACAGGUACGUCAGUUCUGAGUUUCUGUGUGGGAGAUGGGCCCUUAGAAGCUAUUUCCUGUAGCUUCUAAGUUGUUGAAACCUCAGUUUUAAUUAGUGUGACUCCAAAGUAAUAGAUUCUCCCAUGCUCAGGUCUCAGUUUCCUCGAAUGGAUUGGCACCGUGUUAGAAUAAGAGCUGUUCACAGAGGAGGAAUCUGUCAACGGAAAAAAGGGGGCGUUAGCAUUUCGUCAUGAUUUAGCAUGUAUGUUUGGAUAAGAAACCGCACAGAAUCCUAUAUAAACUACUUCCAGAGACUCAGCCUAUUACUCCACCCUGCUGGGAUGUUAUAAGUGCACCUAUAUUGUGCAGCCCAGAAGAUGGAGAUUGAGACUGCAGACGAAGUUGCUAUUGUUGGAAUAGGAUGUAACUUUCCUGGAGGAGAUGGAAUUGACAGUUUCUGGAAAGUGCUGGAGGAAGGCAAAAACUGCACAGUGGAAAUCCCCCCUGAGAGAUUUAAUGCCAAAGAGUGGUAUGAUCCAGAUGAUAACAAGCCAGGAAAAAUAUGUACAACGCGAGCUGCUCUUCUCGAUGAAUUUAAUUCCUUUGACAACCACCUGUUUGGGAUUAAUAACAUGGAAGCUGAACGCAUGGAUCCUCAGCAGAAGUUACUGAUAGAAUGCACAUACAAAGCCCUGGAGGAUGCAGGAGUCCCUGUAGAAGCUGUCAGUGGCACCAAAACAGGUGUUUUUGUUGGACUUAUGAAUCGAGACUAUGAAAUCGUAACAAGCACAGCAGUGAGUGCAAUAAACCAUUAUGAUGGUACAGGAACAGCCAUGAGCAUUGCUGCUAACAGGGUGUCAUUCACAUUUAAUCUGACUGGACCGUCCCUGACUAUUGACACUGCCUGUUCAUCUUUUCUUUUUGCUCUGCACUACGCCUUGCGAGCCAUUAAAUCAGGAGACUGUGAGGCAGCAAUCUGUGGUGGGGUGAACUGUAUAAUGGAUCCCCGCACCUUUGUAUCUCUCAGUAAAGCAAAGAUGAUCUCUCCAGAGGGCAUAAGCAAACCCUUCUCCAAAAAAGCAGAUGGCUAUGGAAGGGGAGAAGGCUGCGGUGUUGUUUUCCUCAAACCACUGAAAAAGGCAAAGGAAGACUACAGCAAAAUCUGGGGUGUGAUAAACAUCAGUGCAGUAAAUCAGAACGGUAGGUCCACGACUCCGAUCACAAGACCGUCUCCAACAGAGCAAGAGAAGUUACUGCGCAGCAUUUACGGAAGUCGUGUCGAUCCCUCAGUUGUGCAGUACAUUGAAGCGCACGGUACAGGAACUGCUGCUGGAGAUCCUAUUGAGGCUGAAAGCUUAGGUAAUGUCAUUGGUAAAAACAGGUCUUCCCGAGCUUCCAUUCUGAAAAUUGGUUCAGUGAAAGGAAAUAUUGGGCACACCGAAUCAGCUGCCGGAGCAGCCGGGUUAAUCAAAGUGCUUCUGAUGAUGCAUCAUGGAAAGAUUGUUCCAUCCUUGCAUUACUCAAAGGAGAUGAGCAGCAUCGAUACAGAGAAACUAAACUUUGCUGUUGCCACAGCUGUAGAGCCCUGGGAAGAAUCCAGUGAGUAUGGAAGAGUAGCUGGCAUCAACUGCUUUGGGUUUGGAGGAACCAAUGCUCACAUUGUAGUCAGGCAGGUCAAGCAGCCAGAGCCUCUUCCUGCCUUUAAGAGGCCCCUUGAAUUAUUUCUGCUGUCAGCAGCAUCCAGUAAGUCCCUUCAGAUGACAAUGGCUGACACAGCUGAGCAGCUGAGCACAAGAAACUCUGUGACUCUCCCAAGCCUGGCCUAUACCUCUGCCUGCAGAAGAAGCCAUGCCAACUACAGGUACCGGAAAGCGUUUGUCACAAAUUCCCUCCAACACUUGCAGCAAGAGCUUAAGUCAGCCAGCACUGACCCUGCCAUGUCCAAGGUGGAACCACAGCUGGUGUUCGUGUUCUGUGGCAACGGCGUAACGCUGAAGGAGUUCAGCGAGGCUCUGCUGAGCUCAGAGCCAGUGUUCAGAGACAAGUGUAAGGAAAUAGAAGACCUUUUUCGGCAACACACUGCCGUCAGCGUCCUGCCAGCAAGGGAUCAUAGCCCACAGGAUUUGUUGAAGCCAGAGCUCUCCCAGCCCUUGCUUUUUACCCUGCAGGUUGCCGUAGCUUCCCUCCUGAAGUACUGGGGCAUUAAGCCUGUUGCUGUUGUUGGCCACUCGGUGGGGGAAGUUGCCGCUGCGCAUAUUGCUGGGUACCUUUCCCUGGCAGAUGCAGUCCAAGUGAUUUAUCACCGGAGCAGGCUGCAGGCAAAGACUGCCAGUGGCAGAAUGUUGGUGGUUGGAAACAUCCCCGUUCAAGAGAUUGCUGAACGUCUGCAUCCCUACUCGGGAAAGGUCUGCAUUGCUGCUUUCAACAGCCCAGUUUCCUGCACCUUGUCUGGGAAUGUAGACUCAGUGGAAACUGUCCAGAGAGAGUUAGCUCAAGCUUUCAGACAGAGAAACAUCUUCCUUCAUGUUUUAAAUGUCCCAGCUGCGUACCACAGCCCCAGCAUGGAUAUGAUACUUGAGGAGCUGGAGGAGAAGAUAGAGCCUUUAGGAAAGCAGAAGGGGGAAAUUGAAGUGAUUUCAACGCUGACAGGGGUGGCUGCAUCUGAAAAUGACUUUGCUCGUGGCAAAUUCUGGGCCCGGCAUACUCGUGAGCCUGUUGCUUUCAGUCAAGCCAUCCAAAGUGCAGCUAGAGACAGGGAAAACGUGGUGUUUGUGGAAAUAAGUCCUCACCGAGCAUUGCAGCGAAGCAUAAAGGAAACUCUAGGAAAAGGCACAAAGGUGUUCUCCUCUUUGGAAACUGAUGCAGAAUAUCAGACGCUCCUCACCUUGGUAGGAAAUCUGUUUGAACUGGGAUAUAAUCCCAAGUGGCAGCACUUCUAUAAUGGGUAUCAAAGUGUUCCGGUGGCCAUUCCACGCUAUCAAUUUGAUCGCCAAAAACUCAUGGCUUAUCUGGAUUUCCGUCAACAAGCAAACCAAAGAGGUGUCAGCGCCAGUCAUCCUUUGAUUUAUGGCAUAAACAGUGACAACAUGGAGUUUGGCUGCCUGCUGUCUCAGGACACAACACCAUACUUAUACGAGCACAAGAACAAUGGGGUGGCCUUAGUCCCCGGUGCUUUUUAUGCAGAGCUUGGUCUGGCCUCUGUGAUGAGCAGCUCAAGGCCUAAAGUACCUCUGAGUACUUGCCAGCUGAGUAUUGUUUUUUCUGCACCCUGUGUUCUCACUCAGAGUUCCCAAGUGUUGAGUAUCAAGCUGAGUCUGCAAAAAGAUGUGACAGCCUUUGAGAUCCUCUCUUCCUCCAAUGCAGUUUAUGCUGCCGGCCAAGUGGCAAAGGGGCCUGAAGCUGUGGUAGAAGAAAGCACCAUCUCCUUCCAAGACAUCUAUCAAAGGUGCAGAUCAGUGAUUAGCAGAGAGGAGGUUUAUGAAGCACUGUCUCAGGUUGGCUUUCAGUAUGGCUCCAUAUUUAGGCAGCUCAGUGAUGUGCAUUAUUGCCAGGAACUAAAGGAAGCUAUAACAAGCGUAAAGGUGAACAAGGAGACCGUCAGAGAGAUGUACAGCUACUGUAUCCACCCAGUGCUGCUGGACUGUUUUCUGCAGAUGACUGCUGUCUUGACCUCAAGGACAUUCCAGUCCAGAGCAGGUUUUCCUUCAGGGAUAGGCAGCCUGGUGGUGCUCCGGCCGCUGGAGGAAGAAAUGAUGAUAUAUAUGAGAACAAGCAAGUCCACUGGGAACUGCCUAGAGGUCUGUGGAUGCUUUUUGGACAAACAUGGCUCUGUUUUGGCUGAGCUCAAGCACGUUGCCAUCACUUUCAUGAAAGAAGCGUCUUCCAGAGACAACGAGUUCCUGUUUGAAAACAAGUGGAAGGAAGUCUCUCUUUCACAGACAAUUGGACAUCUGGGGGUUAAGCCCAGAGUCCUAGUGUUUGCAGACAAAUUUGGGAUAGCUGAGCAGCUCAAAAAGUACUUGCAUCCUGCUUCAAGAUAUGUUAUGUAUGAAGAUUGGGAAGCCCUCUUGGAAGGCCGCACAAUGAAUAAAAUGAGAGCAGAGGUUGAGGAUUAUGAUGAAAUUCUCUUCCUAUGGGGAAUUCAAAAGUUAAAUGAAGAUUUCCCAAGCAAAGUGGUAGAUCAGUUGGCAAAGUGUUGUGAAGCCUAUCGCCAAGUAGUGGUGGCAUUAAGAGAGAAAAUGUCCCGCUGUUCAGUCAGAGUGAUCACUUACAGAACAACAGAGAGAUACGUAGACCACGUUAACUGUGGGUUUGUACUGUAUGGCAUGACCAGAACUUGCGUUGUUGAAGUUCCAGAAAUCACAUUUCAGUUGAUUGACCUCAGCUCUUGCAGUUCCCUGGACAUCUCAGUGCUAGUAGAUGUUCUUGUCAAAUGCAGAGGUGGGGAUUAUCCAGAAGUUUGCAUCAGCCAAGGAAGAAUUUAUGUGUCUGAAAUCAGACACACACCUUUUAUAGAUGCAGAUUACAUCCAACCUGUAAGAUCUCUCCAGAAGUCACAGACGUUCACUUUGUACACGUCUGAUCCGUACACAGCGAAAGACUUGUCUGGUGAACUAUCCACCAGCACUGCUACUCAGCUUGACAAACAGAGUGUUGAAAUUCAAGUGGAUAAAAUUUGUGUCCACUCAGAAGAUUAUUUUCCCAUUAGUGUUUCUAGUUGCAACUUUGGUAAUACACUGUAUUGGAACUCGCAAGCAGGAGACAAACACAGACUUUUAGCUCUUGAUUUCAGUGGCACAGUAACAGCAACAGGAACUGAUGUGAAAAAAGUGAAAGUGGGAGAUCACGUGGUUUCAUGUUAUCCCACUGCUGCAUCAUCCAGGGUUCGGAUUCCAGGAAUAGUUUGUUUCAAUGUAAAGAAAUUCCCAUUCUUCCAGAAUGUCCCUUGUGUGUCCUACUUCAUCAUUGCCUGGGAAAUCUUCACUCAGAGAUUACCCAAGGGGAAACAUGGCAGAACACUGGGGAUUAUUACUACAGAGCCAUUAUCGGUUUUGUGCCAUGUUCUUUGUGCAGCAGCAGAAGAGAUGGGUUGGAGAACAGUCCUUGCGAGGCCCACUCCUGAUAGGUUCCAGUAUAUAAACCUGUGCAAUGCCCUUGUUGUUCUUCCUCCUGUCAACAGACUGUCUUGGGAGGAUCUGGCCCACAUGUACUUUCUUAAAGAUGUGGUGAUCGUGUGUGGCAAUCGACAGUCUGAAUGUAUCCAGAAUGUCAGUGAAAUUGGUCAUGAAAACAUCAGCUUCCACAUCCUUACCCUUGCCAGCGUUUUCCAGAAAGCACCUCUAAAGGAAUUGCAGAAGACUGUACAUGUCUGGGUCAGUUCCAUGGAUAUGAAACGGUUUAGACGUCUCUCAGGUUCCGUUUUUCAGCAGGCGGAGAACUUUGAAAGGCUAAACUCUGUGAUGUCCUAUUUCACGUGCACUUCUGUCCCCCUUGCUGUACUGAGAAGGCAGAAGGACAUCAGCAUGCUAUCAGACAUACCGUUGUACGAACCCCAGAAGCAGCUGUUUAAGCAGAAUGCUGUUUAUGUAGUAGUGGGAGGGCUCACUGGACUCGGCUUUGAAACGGUGAAAUUCAUAGCCGAGAAUGGAGGAGGGUGUAUUGCAAUACUCUCCAGGAGAAUUCUGAGCAAUGAGAAGCAAGAAGAGAUGAAGGCUUUGCAGCAGCAGUACAAAGGGAGCAAAGUAGCGUUUGUGCAGUGUGACGUGACUUUGACCGGUGAUGUUGAGAAAGCUUUCAAGUCCAUUGCAAACACCUUUGUGGGGAGUCCGAUCAAAGGUGUAUUUCAAGGUGCUGUUGCUUUACACGAUGGCCACCUUGAAGUUCUGACCUUGGCUGACUUUGAGAAAGUGCUGAGCCCAAAAGUAGCAGGGACUCUAAAUCUUCAUUGGGCUACCAGAGGCCAGGAGCUUGACUACUUUGUGUGCUACUCCUCUGUUGCUUCCUUUCUGGGCAAUGCCACCCAGACAAACUAUGCAGCUGCAAACUCUUUCCUGGAUCUCUUCUGCCUUUACAGGAGGAACCGUGGGCUUUCAGGCCAAUCCAUUAACUGGGGUGCUUUGAAUCUUGGCAUUCUGCUCAAUCAAAACCACAUCCAGAGCAUUCUGAGAUCCAAGGGCAUAGACAUUCUGCAAGUGCAUGAAAUUCGUGAGUAUCUCAGGAAAAGCUUACUUACGAAUAACCCACAGCAAGCUGUCGUCAAAUUGAACUUUCAAACUUUAUAUCAUCAUGUUUUUACUCGAAUAAGUUCACUCAAAACUCGCUUCAUAUCACUUAUGUCAGAACAUGUCAGUAACAAGCUUGAAACCCCUGAGGAAACUCAAGUCCCAGAUACUGCCUUUCUCAAAUCGGAAGACUACAUCACCUCCCUGGUGAGUGACCUCACUGGACUGAACCCCGAGGAACUAACCAUGAAUACACCACUUUCAUCUUUGGGCAUAGACUCUAUGUUAGCUAUGACAAUUCAGAACCGUGUGUUUCAAGAGAGAAAGGUGGACAUACCUCUUCUGAAACUGCUUGAUCCUCACACAACUCUGUCAAGUUUAGUGGUAGUUUUAGAAGAAACAAGCAAUGCAAAUGGAGUAGUUGAGAAGAAGAACGGUGCAAUCGAAAGUGUAGAAAAUGAGAGCCGGCUGUAGGAAUCUUGUCCUCCAGGAAUUGUGUGACUUUGAAGAUACCCAGACCUUUGUAGCAUCUCAGAAGAUGUCGUUGCAGAUGGGUAGAACAUCUGGUGAUGCUGAAUGUAUUCUUCUUCAAUGACCCAGAAGACUCCACACCAGGUUCUUCUGUCAUUGCAUUAGCUGUAUUAAUCUCAGUCAAUAGUUUGACUUGUUAGCGUUUGCACCUCUAAAUUAUGAAUAUACAUGUAAAGCAGCAUGACUAUUUUUGUAAUUAUUAUAGUCUUUUUGUAUUUUUCCUUUUUAAAAAUAUUUUCAAGUUAAUUUCAUUAUCAAAUUAAUUUCAUUGUGAAUUGUGUGUCAAUAGUGGUAUCUUUUUGAAAGUCUUUUAGAUAUUGGGAAUUUCAAGAUUUCUUCUCAAAAAAUAAAGCUUGAUAUUUUUCCUUAUGUUUGUAAACAUAGGGAAGAGCUUAUGGUUGUUUUGGAAGUGAUUUGGAGUUGAUUUAAUAAAAAAAAUACAUAUA